AUGAGUAUGAAAGUCAAUCCACCAGUCCUCUCAAAUGACAAGACUUAUGAAAGAUACAAACAAGAAUUAUUGGCGCGGCAUGAAAUUACCAAUUUAGAAAAAGGCAAACAGGGUAUAGCUGUAGCACUAUUUCUUAUUGAACAAGAGAAACUGCGAAUUCGAGAACGUUUUUUUGAUGAGCUUACUACGGACCAAUUAAAGGCUGAGGAUGGUUUAACAGUGUUGAUAACAUUUUUAGAUAAACAUCUAGGGAAAGAUGAGUUAGUUGAUAGCCUUGAAGAUUUCAAGCGGAAAGAAACUCAAUCCAUAACAGAAUAUAUCUCAGAUUUUGAUUCAAAGUACUCUAAGAUAGUGAAGAAAAAUAUGACUCUGUUACCAGAGAUUUUGGCUUUUAAAUUACUGAAAUGUGCUAAUAUUAGUAAAGAUGAGCGCAUGUUAGUUUUAACAGGCAUGAACUACGAACGCAAAGAUACCUUAUAUGAACAAGCCAAAGUUUCAUUAAAGAAAUUUAAAGGUUCUGCAAGUGGUGGAAAAGACUCAUUAGAAAAUAGUAGUGAUCUUAAGUUAGAACCAACCUUCUUGGCAGAGAAUGAAGAAGUUCUUGCAGCAGCGGGAUACUAUAAGUUCAAUUCUAAUCGUGGUAAUGGUGGUCAGUAUCAUCGUGGUAACAGCAAUUAUUCUUUCAGACCAAAUAGAGGAAGAUCUUCAGGUAGUAACUUGAGAGGUAGGGGUUAUGACAGAUCUGAAAAGCACAUGAAUCCCAAAUCAUUUAAUGGCAAAACAUUGACAUGCCACGCUUGUGGAUCUUACAGACACUUAUUAAAAGAUUGUUCCCACAGCUAUGAAAAUCGAAAUGCACAUGGUGAUUCUAAAGAAGCAUUUAUAUCUGACAAUGAGGUUUUAUUGACGAUGAAUAACUUUGAAAAUGUAAUAAUGUACACUGGUUAUGAUAAACAGGACGUGAGUCAUUUGGGGAAAGAAUCGCAACAUAGUGCAGUAAUAGAUACAGCCUGUUCAAGUACUGUUAGUGGCAUGCAUUGGUAUGAAACUUUUUUGAGUACAUUCCCUGAAAACAAACAGAAAGAAAUUAAAGAGUUUAAAGGCACGAAGUGGUUUAAAUUUGGAAAUGCUUGCAGUCUAUGA